GUGUAAGAUGAUGAGUCCUUAUAUUAUCAAGGUGUCCCUACAUUUACACCUGAACUCUGGGCUAACGAUUAAUAGAGGCGUCAGCUCGCCCUUUGUUCCCAGAAGGAGGUGUAAAACUGGUUAAUACUCAGUUGUCUAUUCUGCAGAUCCUGGGGAAUGAUAAAAGUCCAGGGGAAAGUCUCCGCCUGGUCCCAGUUGAUCCCUGACAGCGUCUGAGACGAAACCAUCUCCUAGCAGCUCGGAAUUUUUGCAGAGCCAUGCUGUACCGGGUCACCUUACUGACGUGUGUUUCUCUGCUGUCGGCAGCCAAUGUCGACUACAUGGAUCAAUGUAUGGAUGGUAAGCACCACAAGACCAAACCGGGACCGGAAGACGCUCUACAUAGCCAGUGCCAGCCCUGGAAAGAGAAGGCCUGCUGCUAUGCUAAUACCAGCGAGGGGGCUCACCAGGAUGAAUCCUAUCUGUAUAACUUUAACUGGAAUCACUGUGGGAUAAUGACCCCCGCCUGCAAGAAGCACUUUAUCCAGGACACCUGCUUCUAUGAAUGCUCCCCUAAUCUCGGGCCCUGGAUCCAGCCUGUGGAUCAGUCCUGGAGGAAAGAGCGUAUCCUGGAUGUGCCCUUGUGUAAGGAGGAUUGCGAGACCUGGUUUAGUGAUUGCAGCCAAGACUACACGUGCAUGGAGAACUGGCAUGUCGGCUGGAACUGGACCACUAAAAUCAAUAAGUGCCCGCAAGGGAAGCCGUGCCGCAAAUUCACGGACGUCUAUCCAACAGCCAAGGAUUUCUGCGAGAAGGUGUGGAGCAAUUCCUACAAAUACACCACGUACACGCAAAAGAGUGGCCGAUGCAUGCAGCUCUGGUUUACCAAAGAAAACCCCAACGUCCAAGUGGCGAAGUACUAUGGCGACCUCCGGAACUCUGCUGAGGUUCCAUCUUUUGGACUGGUUAUGUUUUUGGUGCCUCUCUACAUGUUGAGGUCCCAUUGGAUCUAAGCCACUGGCUGAAAACGUGAACUGUGCUGUAAUCUAAAAACAUGGAAGAUGCUCCUGAUCUGACGUUUGCCCAGAGGUCCCCACAAAUGAUACUGGGAUCCCUGAGACUUGGGCUUUGUGAUAUGAAAUGAGAGAAGGCGAUCCCUCUCCACUGCUUCUGUGGAAUGGGGAAACCUCUUCCCACUAGUGUUACUAAAUGAACAAUUUGCCCCAUACAUGUCUAACUAAAUCCUACCCAAUGCAUUGCAUUAGACCAUAAUUACCAGGCCUCCUAAAAAUGUAAUUGUACCAUUUGUCUUCAUCGCUUUACUGAUCAUUCUGCUUUGCACGUGAAUUUCAGUAACUGAUACCAGAUCGUAGCUUCUAAUAAUAAAUAAAUUGGAUCCACCCAAA